GUUCAGGGGCUGUGGUAACAGAGCUGAUCUACGGAAGAAGGAAAAAAAAAAAAGAGGGUGUAAAGGACAGAUGUAUGGGGACUGCACCGUGAUCGGUAUUGCAGGUACGGUCGCCACACACACUGGUUACCGGGUUGGAGCCGACCUCUCUCCCGUACCCCGCGUCCUCUCACCCCCCACCCCACACCAUGUCUGGCGGAGGAGAUGUUGGGUUCGUCCGCAAAGACACCGGGCAAGAGAGCCCGAGGAUGCCGGCCUGGAAGCGUGAGAUCCUGGAGAGGAGGAAGGCGAAGAGUGGCGCUUCCGCCGGUGCCGCGGAGGACGCUGGAGGCGCGAGUCCCAACCGCGUCAACGGGGAGCAAACGUUGAACGGCGGCGGACCUAACCGGGCGAGAAACAAAGACGCGAGACCGGCUGCCGCAGAGGCGACGUCGCGGAGUCCUGACCAGGAGAGCUUGGUGCUCCAUGAGAGCCUCGGCCCGCUGGAGGAGAACCCGUUUAUCAAGCUGGAGAAGGAGCGAAGAAGGCGGCAGGUCCGGGAAAACACCGCCCGUCCCAUCCAGCACAUCUUGGAACUGUACGGUAACGUCCCCGGCAUACGGACUAUUCGAGCUGACAACAUUAUCAUCAUUGAGUCGGAUCCGGACUACAAUCCUGGCAGCGAGGAUGCAAAAAGUCCCAUUUGGCAGCAAAACUGUUACUGCUCAAUGAACGACCUCCUGGAUCGAAGAUGUAACGCUGUAACCGAGAUAAGAGCCAAGGAAGUUGUUAUUUACGACACCACGUUGAGCAAGAGCGAGGAGAACCUGAGUACCCUGGGUCGCACCAACCACAAGGACCCUUCAUCCCAUGAGGCAGGCGAGGGUCAAGGUAUGGUGAGUCGCAUCCUACAGAAGUUUGACAGCAAUUACGGGAACCUGCAAAAGAAGUCCCACAGCACGGAGAACCUGCUGGACCUGGAUGGAAGUGUCGGCAGAAGACCGAGAAACUGGACCAAGCCACAGCUGGAUCUAGUGCCAAAGCAUAGAGAGGAGCAGCCCAGUCCUGUGGGAAGCAGGCAGGCAUCAUCGCCGGUCUCUCAGAGUUCAUGGUCUCCUAAAUCUAAACCUAACUUUCCAGGAUUUGAGCCAAGCGGCCGUCAGAGUCCCACCGAAGCCUCAAAGUCUGUCACCUCCUUCCGCCAACGCCUUGGAGAUGGUGAGAGUCAUGUCGCUGCUGUCGCUUCUAGAGAUGAACCGGAUACGAUGGAUUCAGGUGUGUCCCCCGACCCCAAGGUGCCGUCGUCCACGCAGACCUCUGACAUUUCAUCUAAGGUGCUGCAUGAUUUACCUGAUUUCGAGAUCCGUGCGUCCCCGAAGCCGGACCUCUCUCAGAUCCCUGACGGGGAUACACAAGCUCGGGCUCUGGCGAACCUGCGAUUGCAGUCCAAAAACUCCUUCACUGUGAUUCCCAAGCGACGUCUUGCGGCCUCACCUGAGACCUACCGGAUGGCGCCAGCCACACCAACCAGCCCAGCAGAAAUGUCGCCUUCUAACCAGGUGUUGGAGCAGUCAACAGCAAGAGUGCCAUCUUCUUACAUAUCUGCACCUGCUAUGAUGCUCCAAAAACUGAAAGAGGUGAAAACGGAGGUGGUGAGGCCAUACAAGCCCCAAGGGCUCCCCCCUGAUGCCACAAGUCCGGCACCACCUCCGACCUCCUCAUAUUCUAACACUCUACUGAGACCUUCUUCUCCUCCCUCUUCUUCAGUCCUCCCAUCUUUCUCCCCACACGCCGUCCCCCCAGAUCCCUUGCCGUCAUCCCCAACUGAAACCCCUUACCCCACAGAUCAUCUCCCAGUAACAAACAUAGAUGACAUCGAGGUGGGAAGUCACCUGCAUCAUGUCCCGGCUCAGAGCCCCGUGGCGCAGAGGCGAAAGGGGAACACGUUCACUGUGGUGCCUAAACGAAGGGAGGCUGAUGCUCAGCCGAGUUCACCCGAGCCUCCGCAGGAAACCUCAACGGACGAGUUACCAGGGUCCACGCCACCUCAGGCGCCAUACAGUCAGCUGGGCACCCAGUUAAAGAAACGCUACCCUGCUGCGGAGGAGAUCCAGGUCAUCGGCGGGUACCUUUCUCUCAGCAAAUCCUGCCUCUCCAAGACGGGUACGCUGGGCAAGAAGCUCAAGAUCUCCUUCAAAGACUCGAGUCUUCACAGCACGUACGAGUACCCGUCAGAGAGCAGCGUUUGGGACAACGGGGAGAACGACGACGCUGACAAAAGCGAGGAAACGGUGGCCGAUGAACCGCUCACCAUGGUCGGACGUAUUCACAUCCCUCAGCCAUCUUUCACAAGCCCGCCCACGCACACCAACAGUAACGACCUCGCCAACUACAUUCCCAAGCACUCGAUGGAUUUCAGCGUGUGGCAGAAAUACAAAGAGGAGGACAGCGUGAACAAGGAGGAGGUCCAGCAGACAUCGAUGACAGAGGAGGUCAUGCUGACGCCGGCGGACAGUUCGUCUCUGUCGGACUACAGCAGUGAGCCCGCUCUCUACUUCUGAUCACUCUGAUUGGCCCGGACCGCGACACCUUGGCCCACAGGACCACCUCGAAUGGACUGUCACACCUGGAAGUGAACCACUUCUUAGAAAGACACAUUACCUGACACCUUCAGGGAACACACGCCAUGGUAGCGCCGCCACUCGCCACGUAUUAGAACUCCUCCAGGGGAUCUUCUUGUAAAAAGCAGCUGGACUGUUUUUUGUCCCCAAAACAUCUUGGACAGUUGAUCUGUCAAAGCAUGGACAACAAUCAAAUCGAUCCAAAAGUUUUUUUCUUUUUGUUUUUUGGCCCAAUAAUCUGCCAAUGUCCGAGUGGACAUGAAGACACAAUGACAGCGUCAGCAUGGAAAUGUUAGUAUCGGCUACAAAAACACAACAACAACAAAACCAUAGGGUGUGUCUCAAAUGCAAUACUUCCAUCAGUACACUUCAAUAAGUACACUGUGUGCUUACUUGCUGUCUCAAAUCAAUUAGGGCUGCAAUGAAUAAUUAAUUAAUAAAAAUAAAUAAAAAAGCUGCUUCGAUUAAUCAUUAAAUUAGCGUAACUAAUAAAAAUGUAUCUCCGUGGGAGUGCAUGGAACUUUAAAUAUUUGGACAUAGUUUUACUCCAGUAGAGUGAACAUGAGAGCGGUGGUGCAAGUGUGUGAAUUUAUUACAAAUUUGCACACGUUAAAAGUGCAAUUUCAAUGGUGAUGUGCAUUUAUAACGAAAAAGGCAAGACGAAAACAUGUUAUUUCAACUUUUUUUUCCGGGGCAAUAAAGUGCGUUUUAUCCUAUUACUCAAUUAAUUGAACACUUUAAUCAAUAGAUUACUGGAUAGCGACUUCCCUGAAAUCAAGGACUUGUCAUAAAUGGCCAUGGCAAUAUUUGUUCUCCCCUUUUUUAAUGGUAAAAUGCGACCACUCAAGUUAGUUCCUCCCCAGAUGGCGAAUAUUAUAAUAAUAAUAAUAAUAGAUUUUAUUUGUAAAAAGCACUUUACAUUGAGCAAACAACCUCAAAGUGCUAGUGUAUUGAAAAAAAAUAAUAAUAAUAAAAAAAUAAUAAAAAAUUAAAAAUAAAAACUAGAACAGCCUAAUAGCUAGAACUAGUAUGCAUAUAUCUAUAAAAAGGCUUUUUAAAAAGCAUCCACAGUCUGUGGUGCCCUCAGGUGGUCAGGGAGAGCAUUCCACAGACUGGGAGCGGCGGAGUUACCUAUUGAAGGUGAUGAGUUCAUUGCACACUGACUAUUUUUCAUUGAUUUGAGUGCAACAUCCUGGUACUUAAGAGUGCACUACAAUUUGCCUCCUCGGCGUGAGCGCACUCAAAACAUGAAGUGUACAUACGGAAGUACACCACAUUGAGACACAGCCUUUGUACUUGCAGGUUCUUGCUUACAGAAGUACAAAAAAAAGAUGUCAAAAGUUGUUUGUUGGGAAGUUGAACCAGCAGUUUUGGACUAACGUUAGCUUUUUGCAUCUUUUCAUGACAAACCGUCGGUUUUCAAAGUAUUUGCAACGUUUCACCCACUCGGUGCCAUUUGGAAUAAAAUGAAUAAAUGCAUGAUAAAAAAUAUUUCUUAUUAUUGAACAAAGAUUUAAACUAGGGGUGUCCCGAUACAACUUUUACAUAUACCGUAUAUGGAGCCUUGAAAGUAUUCGCCGAUACCGAUAGAAAUCUGAUACGAUAUCAGCAAGAAUCUUUUAUUUUUUUGUCGUGUUGAAUGUUGGAAAAUAUUUGAUCAAGUGAAAUGAGUCAAACAGAGAACAAUAGUAGGUAAGAAAAACACUAACCUAUUUAUUAUUAAUCGACUAAAAGGGACUUACUCUAUGUUGUCUUUAAGUUGUAGUGGAGUGGGCACAAUAAUUCAUUAGGUUAAGAACAUGACUUACUACAUCGAAUUAUGCGGACACGUUUGUUACUUGAUACUUCCUACUACACUUCUGCCUUGGAUACUUUGUACAUGUAAGUAAUAUGCAACUACAAUUGUUUAUAUCGACAAAUGUGCUGUUUUAGACUGCAAUGUUGUUCAAUUAGGGACACUUGUUGCAAAUAUCUAGCUUGUGUGCUAUUGUUUGCUGAGCUGUUGUGUAGCUGCCAGCUCCUAGUAGCCUAUAACCUACCAUGUUUACCUUUUUGUAAAUGACUUGACGAGAAAACACAAGAAAAGACCAACCUUGUGUGCUUAUUGGCGGGCAUUUAGACGUUAACUGGCUGUCCAGCUUUGCACAAAUGGGGCCGCUUGUAUCGGAGUUUACAUCACACAUUUUACAUGCAAGCACAUAUGAUCUGAUACUUUUUUUUUUAGGAUGAUAUUAGAUAGAUAUCAAUGUUUCAGGUUGGGACACCCCUACUUUAAACAACUGUGAACAUGUGAAAAAUAGCAUUUCUUGUCUGUUUUUGCAUUACUAAAAUUACUCUUCUACGUGUUACUCUUUCUCCCAAAUAGACUUAAUAUUUAUUUUCUUGAAGGAAAAAAAAAAUUUAAAUUCACACUUUAGUCGUGGAAUUUCACUCAGUCCUGCUACCCUAAUACACAGGUGUCAAACUCAAGGCCCUGGGGCCAGAUCUGGCCCGCCACAUCAUUUUUGAGCGGCCCGUGAAAGAUUGGAAAUAACAUCAAUAAAGUACUUUCUUUCUUUUUCUAUUUUGACAGGGAAAAAAAGACAUGUUCUGCAUGCAGUUAUACAUCUUUUACACUUUAUCUAGCUACCAUAUUUUUCGGAGUAUAAGUCGCUCCGAAGUAUAAGUCGCACCGGCCGAAAAUGCAUAAUAAAGAAGGAAAAAAACAUAUAUAAGUCGCACUGGAGUAUAAGUCACAUUUUGGGGGGAAAUUUAUUUAAUAAAACCCAACACCAAGAAUAGACAUUUGAAAGGAAAUUUAAAAUAAAUAAAGAAUAGUGAACAACAGGCUGAAUAAGUGUACUUUAUAUGACGCAUAAAUAACCAACUGAGAACGUGCCUGGUAUGUUAACGUAACAUAUUAUGGUAAGGGUCAUUCAAAUAACUAUAACAUAUAGAACAUGCUAUACGUUUACCAAACAAUCUGUCACUCCUAAUCGCUAAAUCCCAUGAAAUCUUAUACGUCUAGUCUCUUACGUAAAUGAGCUAAAUAAUAUUAUAAGUCUCUCCUGAGUAUAAGUCGCACCCCCGGCACAAACUAUGAAAAAAACUGCGACUUAUAUUCCGAAAAAUACGGUUAUAAUACAACAUAUAUCAUCAUACAUUCUCAACAUUUUUGGGGUAAAAAACAUACGUAAAUAUCUACUUAGCCUUAUGAUUUCAAAGAAAGGUGUUCAUCAAAUUGUACACUGUAAACAUGACAUAAUAUAUAUUUUUUUAAAACAGCUCGGUCUUCAGAAUCCUACCGUAAGAAAAACACUUUACAGUAAUACACUGUGAAAACAGCAACCAUAUUUUUCAUGCAAAAAAACUUGGCAGCUCAAUCACCAGAAUUUUACAGUAAAAUAGUGUGACCCUUUGACUGUAAAUUUUAUGGUAAAAUUCUGCCUUCUUUUUUUUUAACGGCAAAAUCCACAGAUUUUUUUUUUUUUCUUACAUUGUAGGUAAAAUAUACAUUUACUAAUCAAAUGCAUAGGUAAUGGUGUGGCAAUGUAAUGCGGCUAAUCCUUAUACAUGUAUGUUUCUUUUAUUAAUGUUAGAAGUAGAGAUGUCCGAUAAAUGCUUUAAAAUGUAAUAUCGGAAAUUAUCGGUAUAUGUGAUUUUAUAUUCGGUAUUGUUUUUGGUUUUUUUUGUUUGUUUUUUUAAAAAUUAAAUCAACAUAAAAAACGCAAGAUACACUUACAAUUAGUGCACCAACCCAAAAAAAACUCCCUCCCCCAUUUACACUCAUUCACACAAAAGGGUUGUUUCUUUCUGUUAUUAAUAUUCUGCUUCCUACAUUAUAUAUCAAUACAUAUCAAUACAGUCUGCAAAGGAUACAGUCCGUAAGCACACAUGAUUGUGCGUGCUGCUGGUCCACUAAUAGUACUAACCUUUAACAGUUAAUUUUACUCAUUUUCAUUAAUUACUAGUUUCUAUGUAACUGUUUUUAUAUUGUUUUACUUUCUUUUUUAUUCAAGAAAAUGUUUUAAUUUAUUUAUCCUAUUUUAUUUUAUUAAUUUUUUUAAAAAGGACCUUAUCUUCACCAUACCCGGUUGUCCAAAUUAGGCAUAAUAAUGUGUUAAUUCCACGACUGUAUAUAUCGGUAUCGGUUGAUAUCGGUAUCGGUAAUUAAGAGUUGGACAAUAUCGGAAUAUCGGCAAAAAAGCCAUUAUCGGACAUCCCUAGUUACAAGCCAAAACUGCAACGUGGCCCUCAAUGAAAACGAGUUUGACACCCCCUGCCCUAAUACAUGACCCCCUCUGAAACAUGUUCAUAUUCCACAAGUCAAUUCUACGCUACAAACUCAGUCCUGUUACUCGAAUGCGUAACAAAAAAUGUUAAUGGCCAAUACAGAUGAAUAACGUCAGAUUCAAAUAUUUAAAAAAAAGAGAAAUGCACAUUUAUUUUGAGACAUUUAUACCAAACAAAUGGCACAGGUUCGGUGAAAUUGUCAAUAGAAUUAAUCCGUAGCACCCUGGAGGAGGUUUUCAUGAGUACCUAUGCGCUUUGUUUUUUUUGUUGUUUUUUUUCCUGUUUAAAUAAACGCUUGAACAAGUGACCUUGGCCAAAAAAAACAAAACGUGUUGCGGGCAUGAGAGAAUUGCAUUCUCCACGCACGCUUCUUGUGUAUUUAUUGCUGCUCGGUGUUUUGCAUGUCUUACACCUGCUUAUGUACGAUGUUGUCAUGCUUUUUGUGUAACGGCCGCAGAAAGAGGACCUCGCGUCUUCUCACAUUCCAGACAGCUUGUCGGCCGGCUAAAAAUCAACCAAGUUUAGUUUGUUUUUUUUAUUACAAUGAAAAGGAAUGCACCAUACUUUUAUUUUUUAAACUCCUAAUGCCAAGUGAUUAAAGUCAUGUUUUACACUCAACCACGGCCAGUAUUGUUGUACACUUUCAUUGUAACACAACAUGAGCACAAGUAACGUUUUUUUGUGUUUUUUUUCCAGAUUUUCUGCCGUUUUUCUGCCCUUUUAAAUGUCAAAUGCUUUGUUUAAUGUUGAAGACAGGAAACGAUACAAAAUAAGAGUUUUUCUUUGCUCUGUUGAAGCAGUUUUUUUGGGACAGCUGAUUGUAUGAUGAAUAUAAACAAGAAUUCACCUUCUCGCAGACUUUUUUUUGUUCAUUCUUUAAUGGAAUGAAAGGCAUUGUGGGUAAUGUGCAGAAUGUACGCAAUGAAUGGAUGCAAUGUCCACUUUUUCCACAUUUUUCACAGCCUGAUGAUCGUCGUCCGUCAUCCUUGGAACACACAUUGUGUAAAAAAAAAAAGAUUUUACGGUAAAAAAAACAAACGUGAAAAUAACAGUAGUACUGUUUUUCCAUUGACUGUAAUGUACUACUGUAAAGUCAACAAAAGUAGA